AUUCCUCGAAGAUUACAAGAAAAAUUUUUUACAUACAUUCGUAAAAAACUAUUGGAGCAUUUGGAUUUCAUAACAUCACGUGCCCAAAAAGAAGACAAAAACAAUCACAUGACUAAAACUUUUUUUAAUUUUUCGUAUAAAAAAUAUAGAUUUUAUUUUGGAAUUUAUCUCCCAUGUAAUCAUACUCAUACAGCAGGUCUAUUGUCCAAUACUAUUGCGACCUGCUCCAUUCCAGUUCCUUUCACAAUGUCACAUCAUCGUCAUGCCUGUAUUAUUCACCACAAGAAUCUAGUCCUAUAUUUUAUCUCGAAGGAUAACAAAAUUCCUGACGUUAGUUUUUGCAAAACAUUCAAAGAUUUUCAUGCAACUCGCCUCUUCAACAGAUGGGCUAAGAAGAAGAAACAUCAGAAUUUUUCGAAUCGAUUAGGAAUUUCUUUCACCACAUCAUACCAUGUGUAUAACACUAAUGUCGUCGCUACAAAAGGACUUGAUUUUAUUUACGGCAAAAAAUAUGGGAAUCUUCAAUUUACUCCCAGCACGUCUCCAAAUGUCAAGAAAAGACAAGAAGCACGUUUUAAUGCUUUGGUUAGACAUACCUUUCAUAACGCCAAGCUGGAUGAUAAUGCGCUAAAGGAUGAUAAACUCUGA